AGCUUUCUCUUGUCCGUUGUGUUCUUCUCCGGUCACCUUGAGGGUAACCUUCAAUGACUGCAAAGCAUUCAAAGCCCGCUCCCACUGACCACCUAUGUCCAUGUGAACAUUAAAUACACUCGUCAGUCAGAGCCCUCGAGCACACACACUGCAUACACGCUCACACUCGCACUCACACGGAUUUCACAGACAGACAGACAUUGUUCCUCUCUUCAGUUGUGUGCCUCUAUCAUAGCAGUCAAGUUCAAGUUUGGUCAUCGUCGGUUAGAUCUUGAACUCUCGGUGGACAUAUUCCUGUUUGCUCGAUCAUCUUUCCUUAAUCGAGAUUGGCUCCGGAUUCGAUCGGUUCCAUCACCGUCAACCCCAAUAAUCAAGAGAAGUAGCGCUGACUAUGUCGUCCUCGUUGAAGGUUACGCCCACCCCGGUCUCAACCCGGGUGUUUGAUGGGCAGAAGCCCGGAACCUCGGGGCUGAGGAAAAAAGUGACAGAGUUCAUGAGUCCUCAGUACAUGGAGAACUUCAUUCAAUGCACUUUGGAGGCCAUCGGACCCAGUUUGGUGGGAUGUACCUUGGUCGUGGGCGGGGAUGGGCGGCACGGCAUGAAAGAGGCGGUCAAUAACAUUAUUCAAUUGGCGGCGGCUAAUGGCGUGGGUAAAUUGAUUGUCGCUCAAAAUGGCUUGAUGUCCACGCCUGCCGUGUCUUGCGUGAUUCGGAAGCGGAAAACUCAUGGCGGGAUCAUUUUGACUGCAUCGCACAAUCCGGGCGGACCUGAUGGCGAUUUCGGUAUCAAAUACAACAUGGAUAAUGGGGGUCCGGCUCCCACGGAAUUCACCAAUCGAAUCCACGACCUUAGCCAAAAGAUUCACACCUAUCACAUCUGUUCGGAUUUGCAAUGCGAUUUUAGCCAGACCGGAACAUACAACUAUCAAGUCGAGGACAGAGAGUUUGUCGUCGAGGUGAUCGAUAGUUUCGAGGAUUACAAUCUAAUGAUGAAGGAGAUCUUUGAUUUUGAGUCCAUCAAGAACUACCUGAAAGGCACCAAAGUCUUAUUCAAUGCUUUGCACGGAGUGACUGGUCCAUACGUGGAGAAGAUCUUUGGCGAAGAAUUGGGGACCGGAACCGACUCGUUCAUGAAAACUAACGUCUUGACCGACUUUGGUCAAGGCCAUCCUGAUCCAAAUUUGACCUAUGCUGCCGAUUUGGUGGAAGCCAUGGCUAAGGGAGACUUUGGGUUUGGCGCCGCCUUCGAUGGGGAUGGUGAUCGGAACAUGAUUUUAGGUGCCAAAGCCUUUUUUGUCACGCCCUGCGACUCUUUGGCCGUGAUUGCCAACAACUUGGAUUGCAUCCCAUACUUUCAAAAGAGCCCCGUGACCGGCUAUGCUCGGAGUAUGCCCACAUCUGGCGCUUUGGAUCGGGUAGCCGAGAAGAAAGGUCAUGAUUGCUAUGAGACACCCACAGGAUGGAAGUUCUUUGGCAACCUCUUAGAUGCGGGAAAAAUCCAGCUUUGUGGAGAAGAAAGCUUUGGAACGGGCUCCAGCCACAUCCGCGAGAAAGACGGCAUCUGGGCUGCUCUGGCCUGGCUUCAGAUUUUGGCUGCCCGGAACUUGUCCGUAGAGGAGCUUUUGAAGGAGCACUGGAAGCAAUAUGGGCGAAACUUUUUCACUCGCUACGAUUAUGAGAACUGUCAAGCCGAGCCUUGCAACAAGAUGAUGGCUGAGCUGCAGGCCUUUGUGGAUGAUCAGAGCAAUAUUGGAAAGAAAUUCAUCGGCCACGGAGCCACUGACAAGGAGUACACCGUGUCCAAGAUAGACAACUUCUCAUAUACCGAUCCGGUGGAUGGCUCGGUGACGACCAAACAGGGAAUCCGGAUCUUCUUCUCGGAUGGGUCGAGAAUUGUGUUCCGUCUGAGUGGCACCGGAAGUUCGGGUGCCACUGUGAGGUUGUACGUGGAUUCCUAUGAAUCCGAACCGGACAACUUCUUGAAAAGCGCUUCCGAAAUGCUCUCUGCUUGUGUGGAUGUGGCCUUGCAAAUCUCCAAGUUGAAGGAAUACACUGGUCGAGACAAACCCACUGUCGUUACAUAAAAUUUGCAUCCAUCUACUUCAUCCAUUGACAAAAUAUCUAUCGUAGCUAUGAAUGCUGUUUGAUAAAUUUUAUGCAAGUUGAACCAACAUAGAGCUUAUUACACUAGAAUAAGAGUACAUGCAAAAAUAUAAGAAGCUUUCAAAAAAGUGUUUUUUUUCUGUCACUCAUCAUCCGUUAAUCCUGGAAUCUGCUGGGUAGCAAAACCUUAAAAGCUCUUCUAGUUCAUCUUUACAUCUUUUAAAUCUUGACCCAUUAGGAAAGAAUAUCCUCGAUCCGUCGAUUGCUGAUCUUGUUGGGAGAGACGUAGUUUUCCAUGGGAGGGCAGGAACAAACCAAGUUCUUGUCACCGUGAACGUCAUCAAUUCGUCCCACGCUGGGCCACAACUUCGUGUCCGCCAAAACAAACGGCUGAAAUAUGGAUCAAAGAAGCGUAACGAUUACUCUAGUCCAACAGUUUCUUAAACAUAUAGAUAUGUAGUCAAUGUGCUUACAGCCGGGAAAGCAGCCCGUUCUCUGGAAUAAGGCCGAUCCCAAGUGGAAGCGAAAAUCUGGUUGAGCGUGUGUGGGGCUCUCUUUAACGGAUUGUUCUCUCGGUCAAACUUGCCCUCCUCGAUCUCUCGGAUCUCUUGGCGGAUGCAAAUCAUGGCAUCGCAGAAACGGUCCAGUUCGGAUUUGGUCUCUGACUCCGUGGGCUCUAUCAUCAAAGAACCACUCACUGGCCAAGACAUGGUUGGGGCAUGAAACCC